AACAGUGUUCUUUUUUUACACUGAUGGUGUGUAUCAGCGGAUGCUUGCACCACUCUUGUGCACCCAAUAAUUUGCUUCAUUAAACAGCCAAUCAAAUCUGCCCCUGACAUGUGCCCUCCUACUGUUCAGUGAAUGAAGAGAAAUUAUUAUCUCAAGUCCUCCUCUUAUCUGUACAGUUUGAGUUUUACAGCGCAGAGGACAAACAGGGUCUCAGGCAGAGGAGAGUCUCCAGAAGAGGAGAGUUCAGAUACAGUGAUGCCACCACUCUGUGCUGUUCUUGUGCUUUUCAGCAAAGUCUAUGGUCUGCUUGGGAAUAUAAUUCAGCCUGACACGCUGGUGCGAGCUCAGAUCGGAGACACUGUGACUCUCCCAUGCUUCUACUCUGAAAACGUUUUUGAUAUCAGUUGGUAUAAGCAGCCUCUUGGACAGAAGAUUCAGCACAUUGCAGUGCAAGUUGGAAAAGAAAAUCCUCAAUUUUUCGAUGGGUUUAACAACGGUAAACGCUUCAGUGCUAAAGCAGCGAAGGGGAUCUUUAACCUGACUGUGUCACAAGUAGAGCCAUCAGAUUCAGCCACAUACCACUGCGCUAUGACGCCCUACAGAGAGACCAUCUUUGGAGAUGGAACGACUUUAAUGGUGAUGGGUUCAGAGUCACACGGCAGGACAGUAGUACUGCAGCAGCCCGAGUCUGAGUCAGUGCAGCCAGGAGACUCUGCGACUCUGCAGUGUACAGUACACACUGAGACCUGUGCAGGAGAACACAGUGUGUACUGGUUCAGACAGGGCUCAGGAGAGUCCCCUCCAGGAAUCAUUUCCACCCAUGGAACCAGGAGUGAUGAGUGCCAGAGGAGCUCUGGGGCUGUGUCUCCCACCCAGAGCUGUGUCUACAACUUCCCCAAGAGGAACCUCAGCCCCUCUGAUGCUGGGACUUACUACUGUGCUGUGGCCACCUGUGGGGAGAUCCUGUUUGGGAAUGGGACCAAGCUGAAUGUUGCGGGAGCUGCAUCAAACAACCAGGAGAGCGUUGAAGACAUGGCGAGCAAACAGACUGCUCUGUUGUGGUGACAGGGGAGGUCCAGUUAUUUUCCACUCACAGCCUUAUACAUUCAGCUCUACACACACCAGAGCUGCACAGGAAGACUGACCUGCAGCUCCUCCCUCUCUCAGCGCUGAAACCACACUGACGCUCCGAUCAAAUUUAUUCACUUCACACCUCAGACCACCUUUCCAUUACAACAGACCAGACAAGAGAGGUUUAGAAAACUGUGCAUUUAUCUUCACAAAUAAAAAUGCUAAAAAUCUAUUCCCAUGGUACCAAUAUAGUACAUAAAUUGCAGGGACAAUAUGUCAGUAUUGCUCUCUAUAAUUUACUUAUAAUUUACUUAAAUAAACUUAAACUUUUCACUUUUCUGAUCUAUAUUCAUUAUCAUUUGCAUGUUUUAUGCUGUUGCUUCUUAGUUGCAUUAUGUCAUCAUAACCUUCUAUUACAAUGUAAGUAGUUCACAGUUUUACCAGUAGGGAGCAGUACAGCAUAGUCAUUUGUAUUUGUAUAGUCAUAUAUUUGUAAAUGUGACAUUUUAAUGAUGAUAAUUUAGGACACUACGAUCAGAAAUAUUUACACGUCACACCUUAUUUGUCUGAUUAAGUUGUUACAGACAUGUUCUUCAGCUUGUGUGCACCUUUCAAAUUGUUGAUGUACUGCUUGCAGUGUUGAAUAUCAUUAUACAUAAAAUACUCAGUGAAGUGCACAUCAUUAAAAGAUUUAAAUAAACACUCAAUAAGUCAAAUAAAAAUACUGAAAUAAAGUUUUUUUCAGCACAAACAAAA